CAAACGCGCUGCUUGCACAGCAACGCCGGCGAGCAGCUUGUGUGGCACCAGCAGCUGUGGCUGCGUGUGGGCUUGGCCACGAUGCGGAUGCGACAGUGACAUGUGACGACAGGCAAGCAGAGCAAGCAAGCCCAGUGGCGAAACUUGUUGCUCGCUUUUGCGCAGUGAUGAGGCAGGCUGCUGGGCAACGCGUGCUGUUGGCACGGGCAGCGCCAAGGGAGUGGUUUGUGGGCCCACUGAUUGGCGGCUGGUGUCAUGUUCACGCGCUGGUUGCGGGCAGAGGUUGCAGGGCAAACAGCCGUGUUGGCGGUGACGGUGUCAGUGCACUUCGUGUCUCUUGUGCCUGGUACCAUCCACCAACACGAAGCACAACAGCAACUCCCCACGCAGCAAGUUUAUGCUUCCAUUGCCUGCCUUUGCAGAAGGCGAAGAACAAAGGAAGGCGGGGCACGAAGUGGUGUCAAAGCGAGAGCAAACCGCGAGGCUAACAAGCACAAAAGUACAAGAACACAACAACACAAGAGCACAAGAGCACAAGCACGCGCACGUUUGGUUGGUUGAGUUUGAUCGCGGGAUCGAGUGAGGGCAUUUUCCUCAUCCCUGUUCUCUCGACAACCACCUCGCCGCUGAUCCCACUCGGCCGUCGCGUCUUUGUUUCUCUGACCAUUGACGACUAGCCAAGCCACCGACAAUGAGGGCUUCCUUGGCUGUCGCCCUUCUCUGCCUCGCCAUCGCUGGCACCACGAGGGCCAGCCGCAUGUGCGGGUACUUUGACCCUGUGCGCGACAACGCCGGUGAGGUGAUUGACUGCAGCCGCAACGGCCACGCUUGCCCGAGCAACAGCUUCUGCGCUUUUGACGAGGUGUGCUGCCCUGAGGAGUCACGCCAGCAGCCAUGCGGCGGCUACGAGCCGACGCGCGACCACACUGGCUCUGAGAUUGUGUGCAGCCGGGGAGGCCACGCUUGCCCAGCUGACUCGUUCUGCGGCAUGCACGAGCUGUGCUGCCCUGAGCGCCCUGCCUCCACCACGACGCGUGCAGCGACGACGACGCGUGCGCCCACGACCACCACCGCCACCACGCGUGCGCCCACGACGACGACGACGGCAGCGCCACGCACCACGACGGCAGGCCCUAGCACGAGCCGCGUGUGGCCAUCCCCGCGCGCCGACCACUGCGGCAACUCCCGCCUGACCCUGGACCACACUGGCCGGUACGUGUUCUGCGAGGCCGAGGGUGGCUGGGCUUGCCCCGGUACCUCUGUGUGCUACAAGGGCUUCUGCUGCGACAGCCGCCCGGACCCCACCACAACCACCACCACACGCGCCACCACGACGACGCGUGCGCCCACCACGACGACGGCAGCGCCACGCACCACGACCCGCCGGGAGUCUCGCAUGUGCGGGUACUUUGACCCUGUGCGCGACAACGCCGGUGAGGUGAUUGACUGCAGCCGCAACGGCCACGCUUGCCCGAGCAACAGCUUCUGCGCUUUUGACGAGGUGUGCUGCCCUGAGGAGUCACGCCAGCAGCCAUGCGGCGGCUACGAGCCGACGCGCGACCACACUGGCUCUGAGAUUGUGUGCAGCCGGGGAGGCCACGCUUGCCCAGCUGACUCGUUCUGCGGCAUGCACGAGCUGUGCUGCCCUGAGCGCCCUGCCUCCACCACGACGCGUGCAGCGACGACGACGCGUGCGCCCACGACCACCACCGCCACCACGCGUGCGCCCACGACGACGACGACGGCAGCGCCACGCACCACGACGGCAGGCCCUAGCACGAGCCGCGUGUGGCCAUCCCCGCGCGCCGACCACUGCGGCAACUCCCGCCUGACCCUGGACCACACUGGCCGGUACAUUUUCUGUGCACAGGACGGCGGCUGGGCUUGCCCGUCUGGCUCGUCGUGCGUGCGCGACUUCUGCUGUGAUGGGGCACCGUCUGAUGCCACGACCACACCCAGGGCUACUACCACGACUCGUACCGCCACCACGACGCGCGUUGCAUCCACCACCACAACUGGCAACGGCCCGCGUCGCGGCCACUGUGGUGUGGAGACGCUCAUCAAGGAUCCCACCGGCAACAACGUGUUCUGCGGCGUUGGCGGCUGGGCAUGCCCUGCCAACUCGGAAUGCGUCCGUGACUACUGCUGCUCCACUGACCUCUCUGGCCUCCGCUCCGGCGAUCCCCUCCCCGUGCAGGACACGGGUGUCGUGUGCCCUGCCGCCCGCCCCUGCGUGUGCGACGCUGGUCACACCGUCAACUGGGACUCGAUUGCUGACUGCCCCGUGUGCGUGUGUGUGCCGACCUCUGAGGCGACAACGACGGAGACGCCGCUCGACUGCCGCCAGCAAGGCCCGCGCGACGGCGUGUGGGAGUACGGCCCCUGGUCUGAGUGGUCCAACGAGUGCCCACGCGAGUACCGUUUCCGCGCCACCACCGGCUGCACGGCCACAUGCGGCGGCUCGUGCGGCGAGCCCGACCAGGUGGAGGGCCGCUACGUCCCCUGCGACUUCUCUGCCAGCAACGUGCAGGCGCAGGGCGGUGACUCGUCAUCGUCGUCAUCAUCCGCUGGCAGCGCCGCGGGCUCCACCCAGGCUGUUGUUGCUGUUGUGUGCGCUGUUGGUUUGGUGUGUGUCGCCAUUGUUGCCGCCGUGCGCAUGCGCUCUGCGCGCCGCACCAAGAAGGCGAAGAUGGAGGCUGCCGAGGGCCUGCAGUACGACGAGGAUGUGUUCCAGGAGGAGGCUGUGCACACGAUGACCCUGCGAUCCACCAGCGACGACGUUGCGGAGGAUUUGGAGGUUGAGGAGGACGAUGCUGAGGACGCCACCCUCGAUGCUGAGGCGUGAGCCCUCACAGACACCCAUCUGCUGAUGGCGUGACUUUGUUGUUUGUUUCCUUUCUUCUUGGCAUGCGUUUGUAUGUGUAUGUAUGUGUGUGUGUAUGUGUGUAUGUGUGUAUGUGUGUGUGUGUGGGGGGGGGGGGGGGUUGGGUCUGGUGUUGCGUGCAUCCUUUUGUCUCUACGACCCAUGUGCUUUCACUUUGUUCUUCCGGGGGUUGAUGGAGGCUUUGUGGUUUUGCUCUCUCUUUCACUUGUGCACAACUCGUGUUGCUGUUCUCCAAGCAAGUACACCUACGAUUGCAUG